CUAACUGAAGUACCAGUGAUCUAGCUAGAGCAUCUUAUGGGGCUUUGUUGAUAGCUACCGACAUAUUGAACAGAGAACAUUGUUGGAGUCUUCUCUAUUCUGAGAGCGCCAUGUCCCAGGGUCAGAACUUCCUGCCCAAGUUCCUGUUUGUGAGUAACCUCCUGAAGGCGGUGAAGAUAAGGGAACGUGUUCCCAAUGAUGUGGUGAAGCCGUCGGCCAGCGGAGGCCUACUCCACCACCUGCGGAGCAUGCAUCGCUACACCCUGGAGAUGAUCCGAAUGAGCCAGUUCCCGGACUCCUUCCGUGAGGUCAUCCAGGCGGCCAUCCUGGACAGGGCUAUGCAGACCUCACUGGAGCAGGAGAAGAGACUUAACUGGUGUCGGGAGGUGAAGAAGCUGGUGCCCCUGCGGACAAAUGGUGAUGGGAACUGUCUUCUUCAUGCGGCGUCCCAGUACAUGCUGGGUGUGCAGGACACAGACCUGGUAUUGCGUAAGGCUCUUUAUGCAGCGCUGAAGGAGACAGACACAAGCAACUUCAGAGCUCGCUUUCAGACCGAGCUUCUACACUCACAGGAGUUCACCCAGACAGGACUACGCUACAACACCAGGAAUUGGGAGGAGGAGUGGGAAAAGAUCAUUGAGAUGGCAUCUCCGGUGUCCAGCAGUAAUGGUCUUCAGUUUGACUCUCUUGAGGACAUCCACAUCUUUGUCCUUGCUAACAUUCUGCGCAGGCCAAUCAUUGUUAUUGCAGACCAAGUGCUGAGGAGUAUGAAAUCCGGCUCCUCUUUCUCGCCUCUCAAUGUGGGUGGUAUUUACCUCCCCCUGCGCUGGCCUCCUGGGGAGUGCUACAAAUAUCCCAUAGUCCUCGGUUAUGAUUCUCAGCACUUUGCUCCACUUAUCACCAUCAAAGACAGUGGCCCAGAGUUCCGUGCUGUGCCAUUGAUCAACCCAGGGAGAGGAGGUUUUGAGGAGCUCCAAGUGCACUUCCUCAUGGAGAAAGAGCAGCAGCAGAAAGACAGGCUUCUGGAAGACUACUUAAUGCUGCUGGAAAUUCCCAUCAACACACUGGGCUACAACAGCCCACGUCUCAUCAGGGCAGCUAGACUGGAUGAGGGCAACCUCCCAGAGGACAUGAACCUGAUGGAGGACUACCUGCAGCUUGUCAACCAUGAAUACAAACGCUGGCAAGAGAACAAGGAAUCAGCAUGGGCCCCCCAGUCUCAGCGACCCCCACCUUUCUCCGUCUCCCAGCUCUCACUCAUCGAGAUCCGCUGUGCUACUCCUCGAUGCACCUUCUACGUGUCGGUAGACACGCAGCCACACUGCCACGAGUGCUUUGAGAAGCGUCAGGCAGGUAGAAACAUGGAGGCUGUAGCCACCACCAACCAGACAACAACUGGCUCCUCCUCAUCUGAGUCUGAGGGCCGGAGUAGGGCACCCUCAGAACGAGCAAUUCUGCCCAGUCCACGUUCGGCCCCUCCCACCGCCCCUAGCCUGAGCCUUUACAGCGAAACGCACGCCAUGAAAUGCAAGACGGCCGACUGUCUGUUCACACUCAGUGUGGAACACGACGGCCUCUGUGAACGCUGCUUCGCCGCACGGCAGAACCGCAUUGUUCCCAACGCCACAGCUGCCCCUGCGCAUGGCUGGGGUCACGGGCAGUGGGUGUUGCCCAGCGGGCGGGAGAAGGAGAGGGAGAGGGAACGGGAAAGGGAACGGGAAAGGGACAUGGAACGCUGCACCAUGUGUCAGCAGGAAGCCUUUAGAACAUUCAACGGCCUCUGUCAACCCUGCAUGCAGAGGAGUGCCUCCGAAAGGGAUGAGGCCCGCCAGCGGCAGGAGCCACAAACGGAGGCGUCCUCCUCCACCAUGUCAGGGUGGGCUCCCCCACGGGACUCCGGGAAUACCUGGCAAACACCGGUGGCCAGGCAGUGUAAGCGUUCAGGCUGUCAAUUCUUUGGCACGCCAGAAAAGCUGGGAUACUGUACGAUAUGCUUCGUGGACUAUCAGACCAAUCACCAGGCGGCUCCAGCUGUGGUACAGCCCAGACACACAUCAGAGGCUGGCUUUCAGAGCUGCCCACGUUGCCGAGGGCAAGGCUGCGGGGCAGUGGGUAAAGCCAUGCUGGAGGGCUACUGCAACAAAUGCUACGUAAAGGAACAGAGCGCCAGACUAAACCAGGCUGCCACCAGAGGCCCCAUCUCCCCUCCACUAGUCACACGAGUGGCAAAACCGCGUCCACCCCCGACACUGAGCCAGGCCCAGUGCCGGCGUAGCGGCUGUAAGAACCUGUCCCCUGGCUGCACUGACCUCUGCCCGGACUGCCUGAGCCGGGGCCAGAGGGACGGGCGGCGGGCGCAGGCGCCCAAAGAAAAGAGCAAACAGCGCUGUAAAACUCAAGGCUGUGACCACUAUGCCAACCAGGAGAAGCAGGGCUACUGUAACGAAUGUGACCAUUUCAAGCAGAUCUACCGAGGAUGACCCGCUCUGAGAGUAGGGGGACCGGUUCAGAAGGGCCAGACUGUGCGUGUCACUCGGACAUACCUCCUACAUAAGCAAUCCUACGGCCACUAAAAAAACAAAACAAAACAACAAAAAAACCUACCUGGACUCAAGGGUGUCGGUGUGAACAAGGAGCCUGGUGGUUGC